AAUUUCAAGGGUGUAAUUUUUCAGAGUGUAUGUCAGAGAAGAUGAUGAGAGCAAUGGAACUAUUCGGGGAGAUGGAUGAGCAGGUGUCGUCAAUGGCGAUGGAUGUCGACGACGUCGACCCUCUCGAGACCUUCGCCGAGGGUGUCAUCACCGCCGACCUCAAACUUGCCGAUGUGAAUUUCUUCAACAACUUCGAAGACGAUUUCGAUGAUGCUGAUAUCAACUAAUCAUUACGUAAGGGUUAAAUAAUUUCCGGGAUUUUGUCACAGACGACAAUUGAAAUUGUUAAGGAAUAGGGAAGAUUGUAUUGCCUUGAAGUCUUGAGAAGCAAGGAUGGUACUAGAAGACAAAUGAUUACCUUUUGACUCCAGUCUUACAGUACUUUCGAGUCCUCCUUUGUUGUUUAAGACAUAUAUCUUUUUAUGUUUUAAUGUUUAUGUUUCCUUUAUUUUUCAAAGAGUCUUCAAGUAUGAUGUAUGUCAAUUUACAAAGCACCAUCAUGUCGUAUAUCCUUUUAGUAAUACAAAAAUUGUUCAUCCAAGAUCAGUAAAUAGUUGGUUCAAUACAAUAAGCAUUGACA